AUGUCUUCUGAACAGCAGCAGUGCAAGCAGCCUUGCCAGCCACCUCCAGUGUGCCCACCUAAGUGCCCUGAUCCUUGCUCACCUCCCAAGUGUCCAGAACCUUGCCCACGUAUAAAGUGCCCUGAGCCAUGCCCACCUCAGCAGUGCCAGCAGAAAUGCCCUCCUGUGCCACCUCCCCAACAAUGCCAGCAGAAGUGCCCACCCAAGAACAAGUAA